AUGGCUGAGCCAACUGCAAAGGAUAAUGGUAAACCAACAAGCCUACAAGCUCUUUACACUCCAGAGAAUGAGGCCCCUAAAGACCCCUGCUGCUCUAAACUAAAGAUUUUCAUCGUAGCCCUCUCCUUCGCCUACUUCUCCAAAGCUCUGUGCGGAACCUACAUGAAGAGCACCAUUACUCAGAUUGAGAGGAGAUUUGACCUUUCCAGCUCUGUUGUUGGCCUCGUUGAUGGUGGUUUUGAGAUGGGUAACUUGCUCUUUCUGGCACUGGUCAGUCAUUUUGGAGCGAGACUGCACAGACCGCGGCUCAUAGGGAUGGGCUGCUUCCUCAUGGCCAUUGGCUCAGCUCUCACUGGACUACCACACUUCUUCAUGGGGCGGUACAAAUAUGACACAGUAACAAAAGGCUCUGUAAAUGACACUGUCAGUAUAGCUCCUUGUCAAUAUCCCAUGGUUCAAAGUGAUUACUCAAAUUUGCACAUGAAGUCUUCCAAUAACAUUGGAACAGAUUGUGUCAAGGACCCUGGAUCGAGUAUGUGGAUCUAUGUGUUCUUGGGCAAUGCACUGAGAGGAAUAGGAGAAACACCAGUGACACCGCUCGGCAUCUCUUACAUCGAUGACUUUGCAAAAGCAGAAAACUCAGCAUUUUAUAUUGCUUGCCUUCAGACAAUAACGUUACUGGGUCCCAUGUUUGGAUUCUUGCUGGGGUCCAUGUGUGCCAAACUGUAUGUGGAUAUUGGAUUUGUCAGUGUUGACAGUGUAACCAUCACCCCAAAGGAUGCACGCUGGGUAGGCGCUUGGUGGCUGGGAUACUUUGUGUCAUCUGCCAUCUUACUGUUUGCUGGUGUCCCGUUCUGGUUCCUGCCCAGGUCUUUACCCAAACAAGGCGAGGAAGCGAGGGAAAACUCUAAUGUGGAUCAGGGCAACGAGGAGCAAUCUGCCCUCCCAAACACCCACUCAGUGAAACUGGCCGACAUUGCAAAAGGAUUCUUGCCCUCUCUGAAAAGACUGCUGAGAACCCCCACAUACUUCCUGCUGCUAUGUGGGGUUGUUCUGAAGUUCAACUCUUUCAUCGGACUGCUCACCUUCAAAACGAAAUACAUGGAGCAGCAGUUUGGUCAGUCUGCCUCAAGAGCAAACUUCCUUAUUGGUGUUUUGAACCUGCCUGUGGUUGCUGUAGGAAUAUUUUUGGGCGGUUUGUUGAUGAAGAGGUACAAGUUGAGCGUGGUGGUGGGGGCGCAGCUCUCCUUCAUUACCUCCUUCAUGGCCUACCUCCUCCUCCUCCUCCAGUUUGGCACAAAGUGUGACAAUGUGCGUGUGGCCGGCCUCACUCUGUCCUACAAUGGGACUGCUGAGAUAUUGUAUGAUGAGCAUUCACUCAUCUCUCAGUGUAACCAGAACUGUUCUUGCUCAACAUCUGAAUGGGAUCCAGUGUGCUCUGACAGUGGCAUUACAUAUGUGUCACCAUGCUUGGCAGGAUGCACGGGCUCCUCUGGACAUGGCAAAAAUAUGGUUUUCCACAACUGUAGCUGUGUCUUGACACCCUCACCAGUAGAGGGCAGUAGGUCUGUUUCUCUAGGCCAGUGUCCCAGAGGGCCCGAAUGCACCCGAAGUUUCACCUUCUACAUGGCAGUCUCUGUCCUCAGCUCCUUCAUCAACUCUCUGGGCACAACCCCUGGAUACAUGGUCGUUAUACGAUGCAUUACACCUGAGCUGAAGUCACUGGCCUUGGGCGUUCAAACACUUGUGAUGCGAACGCUAGGUGGUAUACCUGCUCCAAUGUAUUUUGGAGCUCUUAUCGACUCAACAUGUUUGAAAUGGGGAAUGAAAAGAUGUGGAGGCCGAGGGGCCUGUCGUAUGUAUGACUCAGAUAUGUACAGAGUCAUAUUCCUGGGCCUCAUCACAUGUUUGAGUGGCUGUUCCUACUUCUUUGUCAUUGCUGUCAUUAUGCGCCUAAGAAAGCAGUUUAGAAAAGAGGAGAUCAAAGUACUAGAGCAAACAACUGGCAAGCAUAUUGAGAUUGAGCUUCAAGCCCCAGAAAUGUGCAACCCUGACAGACAGAUCUAAAACUGACUCCAGUCUCAGAGAAAAGACAACAGAGACAACCAGCUUAGAAGGCUAAAGAGGAGCUAUCACUCUCUGUUGCUCAUUCAGGGAAUUCAAGAAGCAGUAAUGGCAGAUUAAUAGGUAAACUGAACACCUCAUGGAGAGGAGUGCAACCAACCAAUCAAUGACCGGGACAGCAGGCCAUAAGAAACCAGAAGGGCCAUAGGAGCCCACCCCAUCUCUACAGUACUGUUCUAUGAUUCAGAGUUUGUAAAUACAUUUAAAACAAGAACUGAAAAGAACUCUGAUUCAUGGCUUUGUACUUCAAAUGACAUAAUCCUUCAACCUGUUACUUUCCCUACAUUUUAGCGAAAUUAUUUUAAUGUGACUUGUACGUAUCGUGGCAUUUUUCUGGUGAAAUAAACACUAGAGGCUAAAACAACAAUUUGUAUUUCCUUUACCACAAAUUAUAUGUAAAACGGCAGCUUAUAGGUUCAUAAACACUUUUUUUUCACACUGUUCCUCACACAAUGCUA